AUGCUACUUAACUUGCAGGAAUUAGACUCUUUUCCAUUUAGAAUAGGAAAAGUUGGGAAUCAGAAACGAGUCGUCGGUGUGCUGCUGGGCUCGUGGCAGAAAAAAAUACUAGAUGUGUCCAACAGUUUUGCAGUACCUUUUGAUGAGGAUGACAAGGAUGAUACUGUGUGGUUUCUAGACCAUGACUACCUGGAGAACAUGUAUGGAAUGUUUAAGAAGGUCAACGCUAGAGAAAGAAUAGUGGGUUGGUACCACACAGGCCCUAAACUGCACAAGAACGACAUCGCCAUCAAUGAACUGAUGAAAAGAUACUGCCCUAACUCUGUGUUGGUGAUUAUUGAUGUGAAGCCAAAGGACCUGGGGCUGCCCACAGAAGCUUAUAUUUCGGUUGAAGAAGUUCAUGAUGACGGCACUCCGACCUCCAAGACGUUUGAGCAUGUGACCAGCGAGAUCGGAGCAGAGGAGGCGGAGGAAGUUGGCGUGGAACACUUGCUACGAGAUAUCAAGGAUACAACGGUGGGCACUCUGUCCCAGCGGAUCACAAAUCAGGUCCAUGGCUUGAAGGGACUGAACUCCAAGCUUCUGGACAUCAGGAGCUACCUAGAGAAAGUAGCCAUGGGCAAGCUCCCCAUCAACCACCAGAUCAUCUACCACCUUCAGGAUGUCUUCAACCUGCUACCAGACGUCAACCUGCAAGAGUUUGUCAAGGCCUUUUACCUGAAGACCAAUGACCAGAUGGUGGUGGUUUACCUGGCUUCUCUUAUUCGCUCCGUGGUUGCCCUGCACAACCUCAUCAACAACAAGAUUGCCAACAGGGAUGCGGAGAAGAAAGAAGGACAGGAAAAAGAAGAAAGUAAAAAGGAGAGAAAAGAUGAGAAGGAGAAAGACAAGGAGAAGAGCGAUGUCAAGAAAGAGGAGAAAAAGGAGAAGAAGUAAAAUGUGUAGGUUUUUUAUUUGUAAAUUAAAAAUCUUGUAAACUAAAUCACUUUGAUGCUGGGUUCUUUUUGCUUGUUGAGGCGGGCAGUGCUCUGCAUUCCUCUAUGUUGGCACCUGCUUUUUCUGUUCUUUGUAUCGUGGCUGGCCGGAUCUUCUCAAACCGGCAGCUGUCACGAUGCGCAGGCAGCUCUGGGGGGCAAGCCGGGCAGUUUGGGUCUCAGCCCUGGGCAGGGAAGGGGUAAAAGCCGGGGGAGAUUUUUUCAUUUAUUUUUUUUUAGUGUGGCACUUUUCCUGCCCUCAGUGCUCCUUCAAGGACUUUUAGCCCAACAGCUGAGGAUUUCCACCACAUGCUGUGUGAGACUCCGUGCUAGGUCUUAGCCAUCACUGUGAGUUUUCACUAUGGUGCGAGACCUGAUUUAUAUUUGCAUCGCUGAUUUAUUAGCAUCAGUUCACUUUUGAGCUGAGGAGGAGGUGCUGAGUUCUAGAAGCACCAUGGAGUGAAGAGUGCAGAGGCUGUUGCUGCUGCUGGGCUAGUAUCAAUUUUUUUUUUCCUUAUCCUUUCCAGCUGGCUAGUGACAAGAUGUUUUGUUACCUGAGACUUUAAAAAAACACACCAAAACAGUAGCUAAAAGCCUGUAUUCCUGGUGCAUGAUGCCCUCGAGGGGUGGAAAUGCGGGCGAAGAUGGGCUGCUGCUCGGGUGAGGCAGGAAGGCGCCGGUGUGAGGAACAUCUUCCCUUCCUCCCAAAAGCCAUCGGGUCAUUACCACAUGAGGCUUGCAAUGUGUGUACACAUUUGCAUUUUUCUAGGAGUCCUUCAUUACAGCCAGCCCCUUCCCUGCGACACGGACAGGCGUGUGUUUACUCUGGUUCCUGUCUGCGCAGUCCCCGGGCCCCUCGGCGCCUGUUGGUGGAGCGCUGUGCUGGCGCGGCGCCGGGAAGCCUCCCUUGCACAGCAGCUCCGGGGCGGCCGCCGCUGUAACCUGCCACCCCGUACCACCUCCCCGUCCCACACUGGGACAGGGACAGGGCGCUGCAUUUGCCCUCCUGAACCAAAAAGCAGCACUGGGGCUGGGGCAGAGGGGGACGUGCUGCUCCCCGGCACAAGACACCACCAAUUCCCCAGCCACCUCCCAGGCCAGGCAUGAGCAGUGCCCGGGGCUCCAGGUGGACGCGAGCACUGCGUUGGCACGCCCAUGCCAGGAGACUGCAAGGUGCCAGCAGCCUGCCCACGGCCUCCGGAGCAUUUCUUUGGGGAUUGGGCUGGCACCGGCCAGGCCAUGCUUGGCACAAGUACAGACUAUUAAAAAAAAAAAUCAUCCAAACCCACACAACGACCCAAGCAGCCAAGGCAGCUGCUGAAAAGCAAAGUCAUGGCAAAAUCACUGGUGCUGCCAAUAGUGGGGUGGUUUAGUUCUGCUUGUGGUGGAGUGGGUUGUUUUUUUUAACGCUACCAGCCUAUGGCCACUGGCCUCAUUCACCUGAUUUUGUUCCGCCAAUGCCACUGUGGGUGGCACACAGUGGCACAGGGCGGCAGCUCCAGCUCUGGCAAAGCAUCCCAGAGACGUUUUUAGCCGAGGCUGAUUAUAGGUUGGGCGAAGGCAGGAGCGCUGCGCCCCAGCCUGCCCUCCUGCGCAGUGCGUGCAUGGAAAAAAUACGUAUUAUUUAUCACCCUGCUGACAAGCUCCAGGCGCCCAGCACGGCCCCUUCAGCCCAGUCCCCACACAGACCCCCCCCCCAAGGCUGCACUGGGUCGUCCCCCCGUGUGACACACGGACCAGGGACACGCACACCUCGGCAGCUGCUUAUUGUUUAUUGCACAAGAAGUCGGCGUCGCUGAGGCAGGAUGGUGCGGUACAAAACUAUCCGGUUACCAGUCAAAAGCUAUUGCAGUCUCUCGUAUCCACAGCCCUCCUUUAUGUACAGCUACGCACACCAACG